AUGAGUGUUCCCAUGUUGAAGAUUGGCGCGGUGCUCAGCACCAUGGCUAUGGUAACUAACUGGAUGUCCCAGACUCUGCCGUCUCUGGUUGGACUCAAUGGAACCAUUAUCUCCCCUGAGGGCACACAUGAGCGGAUCGUCAGUGGUUUGUACCCGGGCUCAGAGGAGGGCUGGCAGGUGUACAGCACGGCUUCAGAUCCCGACGGCAGGUGUGUCUGCACGGUGGUCGCUCCGGCACGAAACCUCUGCAAACGAGACCCUCGGAGUCGACAGCUACGCCUGCUGACUGAACAGGUUCAGAAUGUUAGUCAGUCCAUGGAGGUAGUCGACCUGCGGACAUCCAGAGACCUGCAGUAUGUCCGAGACAGUGAACCGCUGCUGAGAGGAGUGGACGGACGCUUACAUACUUAUGUGGCCAACCCCCGCACUCUGACGGCCAAGGGCCUGCAGGAGUUGAAGGGCCAGAUGUCUCAGCUACGGCCCCUUCUGUCAGUGGUGGAGCAGUACAGAUUGGACCUGCAGACGCUGGCCACCCUGCGAAUGGAGCUCCUCAACCUGUCAAUCAUCCUGACAGCCAUUCAGGAAGAGAUCGGCGCUUACGACUACGAGGAGCUUCAGCAGAGGGUUUUACUGCUAGAGACCAGACUACACAGCUGCAUGAACAAACUUGGUUGUGGUCGUCUGACUGCAGUUAGUAGCCCGAUCACCGUGAGAGCCUCGGGGUCCCGCUUUGGCUGCUGGAUGACUGACGCCAUGAUUCCCAGCUCCGACAGCAGAGUGUGGUCCAUGGACGGCUACUAUAAGGGCAGGCGUGUGUUGGAGUACAGAACCAUGGGGGAUUUCACAAAGGGGCAGAACUUUGUGCAGCAUCUGUUGCCCCACCCCUGGGCCGGAACCGGCCAUGUGGUUUACAACGGAUCACUCUACUACAACAAGCACCAGAGCAACAUCCUGGUUCAAUACCAUUUCCGCUCUCGCAGCGUGUUGCUCCAGCGCAGCCUGAGUGGAGCCGGAUACAACAACACAUUUCCCUACAGCUGGGGAGGGUCCUCUGACAUCGACCUCAUGGCUGACGAGAUGGGACUCUGGGCCGUAUACACCUCCAUACCAAAUGCUGGAAACAUUAUGGUGAGUCGUCUGGACUCCCGCUCGCUGGAAGUCCUCCAGAGCUGGGACACGGGGUUUCCUAAGCGCAGCGCGGGGGAGGCCUUCAUGAUCUGCGGCACCCUGUACGUCACCAACUCCCACCUGGCCGGGGCCAAGGUCCACUUUGCCUACCACACCAACUCCUCCACGUACGAGUACACCGACAUCCCCUUCCACAACCAGUACUCCCACAUCAGCAUGAUGGACUACAACCCCAGAGAGAGGGCGCUGUACACCUGGAACAACGGACACCAGGUCCUCUACAACGUCACACUGUUUCACGUCAUCCGGAGUGAUGGAUAGAUCGCAGGAAAUGGUAAAAAGGAGAGGGAGUGUAGUAGAGGAGGAUGCAAGGUGUCGUUAAAGUGUGCUGCGACUUACAACACACACACAUGCACACACACACAAAUACACACAUACACAAGGGCCAUUCAUGUCAGCAGGAAAGUGAGUACUGUGUUUCAAUUUGAAUGACUUCUAGACUACAAGAGCUCACUGAGCUACUAGACACAAUACACGGUUGUCGAACACAUGUCUAAAGGUCACUGACAAGAGUAUUCAUCACGGCGAAGACGAAAUUAACAGCCUCUGCUACAGCGACGCUGAUAGAAAGAAGAAAGUCAGACAGUUUGAGCUCAUCCAUAUUCUGUUGCGUUUCAUUCAACUUGUGUCUCAAGAAGUGAUUCUGGAAGUUAAAUUCGAAUUGUCAAAAAAAAAAAAAAACAGAAAAAAAAAUCAGCUCGUGAACUGAAUUUCAA